CCACGGCGGCGCGUCUACCCUAAAGUUCGGACUAUGAGCGCACUGUUUUUUCUCGCCUUCUCUUUUGACGGAGGAAGAAGCAGCGACUCAUGACGGGGACGCCAGACACGUGAAAAACAGCAGUGGCAUCAUGGCAGCUGCGGCAUCAGGCACUGACCAUGAAGAACCCAGGAAACGCAGAUGCAGCCUUGAUAUUCCACCUGGCCUGCGUGAGCUGAGCGUGGUGCUGCUGGGGAACAGCUGGCCUCUGAGGAGGCAGGUGGGGAACGUGCUGCUGGGAGAGACUGUGUUUGACGCUCAUGAAGCUCCAGGUCACUGUCUGAGGGUCAGUGGACCCAUAGAGGAGAAAAAGAUGGUGGUCGUCAUCACCCCAGACCUGCUGCAUCCUGACGUCUCUGAGGACAAACUGACUCAACUUGUAGAACACUGUGCUCCAGGACCUCACGUGUUCCUGCUGGUUCUGCAGCCUGAAGACCUGACUGAGCCUCAGUCUGAGAGGCUUCGGUCCGUCCUUCAACGGUUUGGGGAUGGAUCAUUUGCUCGUUCACUGGCUCUGAUAUCGGCAUCCGGAGAAGAGAGCGACCUGCAGCGUCGCCUGGUCACAGACCUGAAGAACAGAUGUAGACACAGUUUGGUUUGGAAGGAAGAACAUCAACGUCCAGAGCUGUUGGUGAUCAUGGAGCAAACAGUGAAGGAGAACGAUGCAGACAGUGAAAGUCUGGAACAAGGAGAAGCAGCCGAUGUUGGACCUGCUGGAGGUUUCUGGAAUUUUGGACAUAAAUUGUUCACCUCUAUAACGUCAUACAUCCCAUCAUCAGUGAAGAGAACAACUACUCAGUUUUCUGACCUCAGGAUUGUGUUGGUGGGAAAAAGUGAAGACAAAAAAAUAAGACUCUGUAACUUCAUCAUUGGAAAGGAAGUUUUUCAUUUAAAACUACCCUCAUUCAGACCAUCAUCGUGUGUAGCUGUCUGUGGAAACUGGAGAGGAAAAUCAGUAACUGUGGUCAAAACCCUGGAUCUGUUCAGUUUGUCUGAGGCGGCGCUGAGAGAAGAGGUGAAGAGCUGCACCAGACUUUGUUCACCAGGACCAAAUGUUCUGCUGCUCUUAGUGAAACCAUCUGACUUUAAGAAACAGGACCAUUCCAAACUGAAGCUCAUCCUCAGUUUGUUUGGUCAAGAUGCUAUAAAACACUCAAUAAUCAUCACAACAGGCAAGAAGGAAGAAGCUGGAUUCACUGAGCUGCUCCAGGAAUGUGGAGGACGACGAUACGACAUGUCAGACAAAGACCAUCAACGGCUGAUGGAGCUGAUCCAGAAAACUGCUGAUGAGAACAGAGGAACCAUCCUCACCUUUACUGAAGAGACCACAAGACCAGAACCUGACCCAUUCACACCAGUUCUGAACCUGGUUCUGCUGGGUAGCAGAACUAGGCCCGCAGCCGAGGCCAUUCUGGGUCAGACUGCGCUGGGUUCAGCCUCCAGCUCCUCCCACUGUGUCAAACGUCAGGGAGAGGUGUGUGGACGUCGGGUUUCUCUGGUGGAGCUGCCUGCGUUGUCUGGAAAAGCUCCGGAGACGGUGAUGGAGGAGUCGUUCAGGUGCGUCUCCCUCUGUGACCCUGAGGGCGUCCAUGCCUUCCUCCUGGUCCUGCCUGUGGCUCCCCUCACUGAUGAAGACAAGGCAGAGCUAGAGAGCAUCCAGAACACGUUCAGCCCUGGAGUCAACGCCUUCACCAUGAUCCUGUUCACUUUGUACUCAGAUCCUAGACACUCAGCUGUUACUGACUUUGUCAGAGGGAACAGAGACGUCCAGGAGCUGAGUCAGAGAUACUUUAUUCUCAACCUCAGGGACAAGCAGCAGAUCCCUGAGCUGAUGGAAGCUGUGGAGAAGAUAAGACAGGCCACAGAUAAACCGUCAAGCUAUACAACAGCCUUGUUUGCACAUACGCACGUUAACAAAAUCUCCAGGCUACAGACUGAACUUGAUAAGCUGAGAUCUGGAAACAUCGAUUGUGAUGAAGAGGAACAGAACCCAGAGUCUCUGAGGAUUGUGCUGAUAGGGAAGACUGGCUGUGGAAAAAGCUCCUCAGGAAACACUAUCCUAGGAAGGCGGCAGUUUAAAGCCAUGACAAGUCAAACAUCAGUCACCAAAGAAUGUCAGAAAGCUCAGGGUGAGGUGGACGGUCGUCCUGUGGUUGUGGUCGACACUCCUGGUCUGUUUGACACCACUUUAUCCAAUGAAGAGGUUAACGAGGAGCUGCUUAAAUGCAUCAGUCUCUUGGCUCCAGGGCCACACGUCUUCCUGUUGGUGGUACAGAUUGGUCGACUCACACCAGAGGAGCAGAAGACAUUAAAACUUAUUAAAGACAGUUUUGGAAACAGUUCAGAAAAGUUCACCAUUGUUCUUUUAACUGGAAAAGAUAAACUGGACAAUGAUCAAGUGUCCGUUGAUGAGUACAUGAUGGAAGGACAUGAUUCCUUCAAGAAGUUGAUCGCUGACUGUGGAGGAAGAUUUCAUGUGUUUAAUAACUGUGAUAAACAAAACCGUGAACAAGUCACUGAGCUGAUGAACAAGAUCGACACCAUGGUGAGGAAAAAUGAAGGCAGCUGCUUCACCAACCAGAUGCUGCAAGAGGCUGAAGCAGCGAUAAAGAAAGAAGUGGAGAGAAUCCUGAAGGAGAAAGAAGAAGAGAUGCAGAGAGAAAAGGAAGAACUGGAAAGGAAACUAAAAAUAACAGCAGAGGAACAGAAAACACAAAUUGAACAUGAGAGAAAACUGAAAGACAGAGAACUUAAAGAUUUAAAGGAAAACAUUGACAGGGAGCGUGCAGAGAGAAAGAGUGAACAGGAGAAGAGAGAAGCUGAAGAGAAAGAAAGGAAAACUCAAGAAGAACAUCAGCAACAGGAGUGGAAAGAAAAACUGGAAGCCUUAAAAAAACAGGUCAAAUCUGAAUCAGAGCUGGAGGAACAAAGAGAGGUGAUUAGAAAAGAGCAAGAGGAGUGGGAGAAAAAACAAAGAGACUGGUGGGAAGAACGAAAACUAGAAGAUGAACGCAGACAACAGAAGGAGAAAGAACUUAAAGACCUUGUGGAACAAUAUGCUCAAGAGAAGGAAGAAUCUGAGAGGAAAAGAAAAGAAGAGGAUGAAAUACGAAAGCAACAGGAGGAAAAGGAGCGAAAAGAACUGGAGGAGACAUAUAAGAUGAAACUGGAGAAGAUGAGAAAGACUUAUGAAGAGGAGGCCAGGAGGCAGGCUGAAGACCACAAUGAAUUUAAAGUCAAAUACAGAAACGAUCUAGCAGCUAUGAAGCAGGAGCACAAGACACGCCUGAAAGACAAAGAUGAAAAGUACGACCUGUUGAAGGCACUUUCCCUUUAUAAUACACAACAACACAGGAAGGAGAUCAAUGAUUUUGUGAGAUGUGUGAGUAAAAACAGUAAAAACCUGAAAACCAUCAAAGACCUGUUGACAACACAUGAAAACCGAAUGAAGAAGGCAACAGAUGAAGCAGAAAAAGAAAACCUGCAGAUGAUUCACCAAAGAGAAAUGAGUGACAUGAUAGAAGAUCUUCUAAUUGAAACUGAGACAAAAUCUUUUUGUGGCAUUAUGUGAGAUAAACAUUUUUUAUUUGAAACUAAACGUUUGGCUGUGGUCAGAUUACAUUUAAAACGUGUCUGUCAGUAUAUUGACUUGAUUUAUUUAAAUAUCACAAGCUGAUGUGAAAUCAGUAAAGAAUAAAUCUGUUGAGCUGAA